AAGGAAGCGGUCUUGGACUGGUCGAUGGAAAAGACGGCGGCUGCGGCGGAAGAUUCGUUUGGGAAGAAUCGAUCCGGCUCGGAAAUCUCGCGGAGUAAGAGAUUCUCGAGUAAGGUUUGCGAGGAACCAAGGUCGUCGGGUGUGACGGACCGUGAACCGGAGAAACCAAUAGGCACUGACGUGAUAGUAUCUAACACCGGCAUCUCGGACAAUAGCGUGACUGUGUCUGUGAUUUGCCCUGAAAGAACUCCCGAGCCUUUCAGCAGGAAUCAGCCGAAAAGAAAAUACGAGGGCGACGCGUCGCUAGAUAGAUUCUCUUUUCAGUGCGGCGCUCCCGUCGUUUCAGACAAAUCGCUGGCGUGUCGCUGGCGACAAAAAAUUUCAUCUCCCCGUUUAACCACCAGCUGCAUCGUCGGGCAAGAAACGCAAGGACGACGAUCAGUCCAUUUUCCCGACCGCUGCAGGCGCGGCAAGAGGACGUUGCUUCUUGCUGCAGCCCCGACAGACUGAUAAUCACGGCGAAGUAAUUAGUAACCGAAGGAAUGCAAUUGAAGUACGCCGGAAAUUGGAGCCAGCGAGGGAGGAAUCUACCGUUUUGCCAUCAAAGUUCGCGGCACGGAACAAAGUUUCGUGCUCGGUAUCAGCGAAAAAGAUCCCUGCAACGACCGAGGAAGACUUUGCGAAAGAGGAUUCCGCUGCUGCUGGUAUCUGGGACACGACUUACCACAGAGGAGGACGCGGGGAAUCGAAGAUUGGCGAGAAGGCAGCGUCACGAAGUCAACGGGACGAUUCCGAGGGGAGCGCGAGCGACGCCGCGAGACCGCGUGUUCCAAAUGCGCGAUCGCCGGGCCGGGAUGAGGCCGGACCAGUGCAAUCGGAACUCCGGGACGAGCUCGACUACCGAUUGACGCUGCAUCGGCUGGAAGUACGCGACUCCUCGAUUCGCGGGGGAGGGAUUCGGCGACUACAGAGAACGAUUAUGUUGCAGACCGAGGAGAAGCGGCUGAAAGUGAAAAUCGCUGAGAUGGCUAUUCAGGAGAUUCGAUUCAGGAUCCGUGCACUGAACGAGGACAUUCGGCGCGCGGACGAGCUGCACGAGUUGCAUCUGGCACUUGCGACGGCUCAAGCGGUAAGCCGGGUCAAAUCGCGAACACGAUAGCGCAAAAGCGCAUUCACCGGGACACUGUCAUCCGCAGUCAAUGGUUCCAUUAUUUUUUUUUAUCGUUACACGCGAUAGCCGCGUCAUGCGAUUUUUCGCGAGAAAUCCAAUAAUCCGAUGUCUCGUUCAAGCGAAGGGUUCUUCUGCCUAUCGAACGUAAAUACUAUAAUCGUUAAGGGAAAUAUUUUUCAAAGAAACGUGUCGCCCUUGCGCAAGAAAAGCGACACCGGCACUAGAAAAUGUAACUUUUGCGGUUUUGUAAUUUAUCCACUCGAAAACGUACGUACUUAUUUUAUCCAGAAAAGCAUCAUACGCGCAGCUAGAAAAAUUUCGUCCGAAAAACGACCAGCGCGAAGACUGUUUCAUUUAAAAACAGCGACGGUAAAGAGAAGGGAUGUUUAAAAGAAAAAUACGACUCUCGCGCUACGGAGAAAGAUUUAUCAAGGCGAGAAAAGGAAAAGACUACAGACAAUUUAGGAGAACCACGUGGUUGUAGCUGUGCACGAUCUGCAAGCAGAUUGAAAGUUUAAAAUCGUUCUUCUACAAAAUUGCUAUUUUUGACUCGUAGCACUUUUCUCGCGCAGAGGCGAUAUUCCACGUAACACUCGCUUUGUGAUAGAUAUGGCAUCAAUGCUGCAUGCGAAAUGCAUUUCUGCACUUACAUAUUGUCUGAAAUUCGUUUAUUAUGGUAUCCUUAUAAAAUAUCCUUUAAAUUUAACGAAUUAAAUUCAACGCUUACGUAUAUGAAAAAAAUGUUCUCGAAGAUCUAGGAAAAAAAUCUGAAUUAAUACCCUUUGUGUGAACAAAUUAAGAGCUGUGUGUAGAAAAAUUAGUAAUAGGUGUAAAGAAACGUCACCUAUUAUGAGACAGACUCCUAAUAUGAGGUAGCGAAAUUUCUGCAUGAAUGUAUUACCCUUCGAGCGAAAUCUAUUUAGUGGAAAAUUUUUAAACCGUGCAAUUGUUGCGAAAAGAGAUUUGUGAUUGAAUUCGGGUG